AUGGAGGAGUUUGUCGUAGACGGUCAGAGGGCUGAUUGUGGGCAGUUUAAACAUGGAACAUUCGAGAAACUGGCUCUGAAGAUGCUGGAGGCCUUCCCCGGUUGUACACUGACCGCGAAGCACUGCAAGAAUAAGCACAAGCGGUUGAAGGAGAAGUACCAGUACACCGCUGACAUGCUUGCUUGUAGCGGAUUCGGCUGGAACCAUGACAAACAAUGUGUGGAGGUUGACAGCAAAGAUGUCCUUGAUGCAUGGAUGAAGGCACAUCCGACCAAGUUCUACAGUCCUGGCAAGCCAUUUCCUCUUUUUCACCGGCUGGAGGGUAUAUUUGGCAGGGAUAGAGCCACAGGAGCAGCAGCAGUUAGUGGUUUUGAUGCGGAGGAACAGGUUAACGAAGAGACAGAAGACACUGCAGUUGGAUUUGACGAGUCUGAUAUGUCUCCAUAUCCAGAAAAUGGCAGAGGGCCAGCAAUGCAAGGACAAGCAUCACAAUCUGAAGCAGGUGCGAGUGCAGGAAGCACAAGGCGAUAUGGGAGGAAGAGAAAACAACUUGACGUACUGGAGAGGAUGGCCGACCAUAUUCAGCAAUCUUCAGCUGACCAAAGGAAGAAUGCCCAACUGAUAGCUGAUGCCAUUGUCGGUGUGAACGAGAAGUGGAAGGUUGGCGAGAAGCUCACACAGCUUGGGUUUGGUGAUGACGAGGUGGUGAGGGCGAUUUUGAAGUUUGCUGAAAGUCCUAACGUGUAUGCACACUUCUGGGGCUUGUCAGAUUCACAGAUGAUUGGCCUUGUUCGCUCUAUUAUAUGA